AUGGGAAAAAUACCGAAUGAAAAAAUGAAAUCCAACGCAAAACCAUCUUCCAGUUGGGCAGUGAUAAAACUUUCGAAAUCAUAUUUAUCAACAAUUCUUCAACGAUGGGUUUCUUGUACUUGUUGUAUGGCUUUGCAUCCUGAGAGCCGAUUUACUAUUGCAUCAAAUAUUGAUGAAUUGUAUCACGAUGUAGUUGAAGGAGAACUUUUAUGCCGAAAAUGUCAUGAAUUCAGUCCAUCAAAUGAUUACAGUCAUUGUCCAUUUGCAUAUUAUAAAAAUAGACUAGUGGUUCCUUUGAUACCAGAUGAUUUAAUAUUGGGUUUUAUGGAACAAAGAGCAAUUGCCUUAACCCAUAUCUAUAUGAGUAUUAUACUUAUUCGUGGUCAUCAAGCUGCAAUGAAAGGCCAAGCAGUUCACUUUCAUAUUGAUACAAAUGUAAUUGUUGGUGAUUUAUUACCAUUUCCAAGAUGUUAUGAAUUUCUAGCAGUUGUGCAGGAAAAACCAUUAAAAAAUCAUGAGAUUCACACAACAGUUGCAUAUUCAUUUAGUCCAAUACAAGUUUUAAAAGCUUUGACAUAUUUAAAACAAUAUAAUCAUUUAUAUGCUGCUAAAAAGUUCAUGACAAUAAAUGAAAUAGAAGAAAUGUUUAAAUGUCGAAAUGAGAUUAUUACACCCAUUCGAAUAAUUGAUAGUUACGCUUACAAUAAUUCCACUACUACAACACCUAUUCUGAACUCAUCAGACGAUUUUUCUGGACCAAAACGCAAAAUAUCUUGUGCUGAAAAUCCAAUAUGGCAGAUAGAGCCGUAUCUUGAAGAAAGUACUUAUCCGUGGUUGUAUACACAUGGUAAGGGUGGUGAAGCAGAUCCUGAACGACCUAUUGCUUUAAGUAUUCGAGAUUAUUAUAAACAACGUCUAAAAUCUGUUGAUAACCGAUGGCAGAAAGAUCCGACUUGGAUUUUUCGAUCAUUGAAUUUGCUACAGAGAGAAGAAUUACGUAAAUCUGUUAAUUACCAUGCAAAGAAAAAGUAUGAAGACGGAAAAAUAUGUUAUUUGAUCUAUCCAGAUGUAGGAGCAGUUCUUCGUGGUACUUCAGCAUUUUGGUUAAAAGCAAAAAGACAUCUUCGGUCUAUGUAUGCAACACUCGGAAAACCUUUUAUUUUUUUUUCAAUAAAUCUGCAAGACGACGUGGAAUUUUUAAUCAAUAUUGAUUCUAAUAAAUUUGGAUCUAUAAAUAACCCUAAAUGGGAAGCAAUUGAUACUUUAUCAGACGAUGAAUACAUUAUGCUUGUAAAUGAAAAUGCAGGGCUUGUUGCACGAAUGUGUAAACGUCGAAUGAACGCUUUUGAAGAAUACAUUAAUGAUAAGAAACAUCCAUUUCUGAUUGAUUAUGUAGUUUCUCACUAUUUUCUGAAAACCGAAUUUCAACGAGAUGGAUUACCACAUUUACAUGCUCUGUUAUGGAUUGAAAAUCCUCCUUCUACGGAUACAAAUGAAGGACGACAAGAAAUACUUGAUUUCGUUGAUAAAGUGGUGCUGAACUUGCUUAUAUGCAAGAAGGUAGAGAUUGUACUUCCACAUACAGUUCUUUCGUGA